ACACACACACACACAGUAACAGUUCCUUUAAAUUUCAGACCUGAGCUGAUCAGCUUCACUUUUAGAUGACACCAGCUGAACAUCAUGUUUUGCUGUUGCAUAUUUUUGGCUGUUUCUUUGCUGCAUUCUCUGUGUCUCUUCCAUGUGUCAGGCUACGAUCGUAGCUGCACAGAGUAUCCUGUGUUCACUCCAUCUGCACUGAUAGUGAAGUACGGUGACCCAGCCAAUGUUACAUGUGUUGUAUGUCAGAAGGACUGCAGUGGAGAUGUUUUUGGUUUGGAGCACGCUGUGGGAAAAGUUACACAAAAUGGAACCACGAUGUUCUGGACGGUUGACAGACUGACUGAAUGGGACACAUAUCUCAUGUGUUAUUAUAACAAUGAUGCUGGUGAUCAGUGUGGUAGCACUGUGGAUAUAACCAUCUAUCAGCCUCCAGAAAGUGUCUCCUUCAGCUUUGUAAACCACACUGGGAUGAUGUUUGAGAAUCAGCUGUACACCCUGCAGUGUAGCGUACAGAACGUAGCUCCUGUUCAAAACCUCACUGUGACCUUCUACAGAGGAAACACAGCACUGGGUCACCUACAGUCCAACAGUGAAGAGAAGAAACCAGUGAAUGAGACCUUUACUCUGAACAUUGCCUCCAGUAGAGAAGAUGAUGGAGCCCAGUACUGGUGUGAAGCCAAGCUGGAGCUGGGACCAGCUGGACCACAGCGCCCUCCAGUGGUGACAUCAGAAAAACUCCCUGCUAUAGUUCACUAUGGACCUGAGCUAAUAGGGCCACCAAAUCCAGAUGUGAUCACAAUCACAGAAGGAGACACUCUACACCUGAACUGCUCCUCUGUGGGAAAACCUAGGCCCUCAUACACCUGGACACUUCCAACAAAUAGUCCUUCCUACAGUGGCAGCGUUCUCACUAUUAAAUCUGUCGGCUUUGAGCAUGAAGGACAGUAUAUCUGCACUGUGAGCAACACAGUAGGGACUGUCACCAAGGAGUUUAACAUUGAUGUACAAGCUUCCCCCUUGAUACGGAUAAUAGUUGGGGUAUCUGCAGCUGUUCUGUUUGUCUUCAUACUUUGUGUGCUAUGUUUUCGUUCCUAUAAACAAAACCGAAAGUGAAGCUACAACCUAAAGGAUGUUUUAAGGUUCCCUAAGCGCACUGCCUUGCCUCUGCAAAACUGCGAGAAUGUCUGAACUGUGGACAAACAGUCUGGAGCUGUUUCUUCGACAUUAGGUGCUGCCUAAUUCUUCAAGUGAACUUGCCAAGUUUGACAUCAUCCCGGUUUGAUUGAGGUAGUAGUUACCUUCCUCUACUGAUGACAUCUGAUGACACCAAACAACAAAAAUGACAGCAUGAAAUGAAGACUUUAAGUGACAUGACCAGUGACCUAAAUACUGAGUGGAAAAAAAGCUCCUUCCUCUUUUUUGAAGCUUCUGCUUUCAGGGUACUGUAACACAGUCAGCAGCAGUUUUGCACUCAUUUCCUGUAAACAUGCUGCCUUAAAUCACAGGUCUUGGGUUGUAGCUUUUAAUGAGUGAUCUCUAUAUUUCAUUGUACUGAGUGUGGAAUUAAAAGGCCCUGUGUCGAUACAGACUGAAAACACAGGAUGUCACCAGCUUUUUCCACCAGUGACCCUACUCUGUAACUUUAUGUGGUCUACCACUUUAUGGCCUAUUUGCUAGGGUUCCUAAAAUCACUUCCACUUUGGUAGAGCUGAUGGUGGAAUUGGAAGGAAGACAAACUGAUGUGCUGAAUCGGUGGCAAAGAUUAAGAGGUGUGGCCCAAUACUUUUGACCGAAGGGUGCAGGUUAUACCCCCCCCCCCC